AAAAGAAAAGUUUCCAAAAUUGAGAAAUCGGGGAAAAUCGUCGUUCUGGAGCUAACCAGUGGAGAGGAGGCAAUCAAGGUUUCGUCCACUGAAACAUGUGGCAAUCAAAUAGAAGAUAUCGAUUCCACAAUCGAAAAAAAGGAGGAAGAUGAACCGCCAGAGGAAAGUCAUAUCUGGCGGAUAGUUGGAAUUACCUUUUGUGUCAUCUUGGGGAUUUCUGCAGUUGUCGCUGUCGUCGUCAUCCUCUUCUUACCGAAAAGCACGGGACUUGGAAGAAGAGGACACCGGAUUAAUUUGGCCGACGUUUUGAGCAAGGAAUUUGAACCCCGGAUAUUCAACGGCAGUUGGAUUUCGGAUGAUCAACUUGUUUUCCGAGAUAAAGAUGGACAUCUUAUUUUGUACUCCAUCCGAAUGAAGAGCUCAAAAAGAAUCCUGCAUAAUGCCGUUUUUAAGGAAAACAGGGUACAGAAAUACAGUAUGUCUGCGGAUCAGAAAUAUGUUCUUCUUGUCUAUGAUUUAAAUCGGAUAUACAGAUAUUCUUUUGAUGCCAGGUACAAAAUAUAUGACUUAGAAAACAAAAGAAUAUAUCAUCUCUGGCCUUUGAACAAAUUCGGUGAAAAAAUCUCUCUCGCAACAUGGGGACCCAAAGGAAAUCAAAUGGCUUAUGUUUAUAAAAACAACAUCUACUAUGUACCGAAGGUGAAUGGGACGCAUUAUGCUGUUACAAACAAUGGAGUUGAAGGAAUUAUUUUCAAUGGCGUCCCAGACUGGUUAUAUGAAGAAGAAAUACUGAAAUCAAAUCGAGCUCUUUGGUGGUCUCCAGAUGGUAAUCAGAUAUGUUUUGCUACACUUAAUGACACAAAAACUGGGAUCUAUUACUACAACUGGUAUGGAAACCACAAUGAUAGCACUAAUGUUCUGGCACAGUUGAAAUCAAUCCGUUAUCCAAAAGCUGGACACGAGAAUCCUACAGCUGUAUUGUGGGUUGUAGAUGUUCGAAGCCCGAGCAGAAUAAUACACAGAGACGUAAAGCCUCCGAGGGAAGUACAGGACCAACUUGUUCACGUAUGGGAUUAUUACUUCACAUCAGUGCAAUGGAUUAAUCAUCGAAGCAUGGCAGUGAUAUGGAUGGCUCGAUCGCAGAACUACUCCGUGGUCACCCAAUGUACGGCAAAUCUGUGGUAUUGUCAGAUGAUAUAUGAUCAAAGACCCCCAAGCCGGAAAGGGUGGGUGGACCUGUAUGACCCUCUGGUGUUUGGACAAAGCGGGAAGAAUUGGUUCAUGAAAUUGCCUUUAUCGCAGGGCAGUGCAGGAUACUAUCGACACAUAGCGGUCACCAAUAACGAGACCCGAUUGGUAGAGUUUUUGACCGAAGGCAAAUUUGAGGUGAUUAAAAUAGCAGCAUAUCAUGAAGGCUCAAAUACAUUAUAUUUUUUGGCGACUAAAGAAAACAGAACAAGUGAGCGCCAUCUGUAUUCGGUUCCAGCAAAGAAAAGCAAAUACUCUCCUGUUAUCAAAUGCUUGACUUGCCAGGAAGGUUAUUUGUGUCUCUACAACAAUGCUAUCUUCAGCCCUAAUGUGGAAUAUUAUGUUCUGGAAUGCCUCGGGCCAGGUGUGCCAAAAAUAGAAAUCCGUUCUAUAUAUAACCAAACUAUUACUGUCCUGGACACUAACAGCGAUCUAAAGACACGUGUGGAACAAAGAACAAUGCCCCAAAUCCGAACUUUCCAUGUUCCUUUACGAGGGGGAUAUAAAGCGCAAGUUCGUCUCUUACUUCCUCCAGAUUUGGCAAGUAACGACGCUUCUCUCUAUCCAUUGGUUGUAUAUGUGGACGGCUCGCCUGGUUCGCAGCUUGUGACGGACGAAUUUAAGAUUCACUGGGGCACCUACUUGUCAGGCCGCCGGAACCAAAUAUACGCCUGGAUUGAUGGCAGGGGGAGCGGUAACCAAGGUGACAAGAUGAUGCACGAAGUCUACUACCACCUGGGUACAGUCGAAGUACAGGAUCAGAUUGAUGUCAUUCGGUACCUUCGGGACAACUUACCUUUCAUUCACCCGACGCACAUUGCCAUAUGGGGCAAGGCGUAUGGCGGUUUCGUCGCUGCCUCUGCCCUGGCUGCUGAUGACACUGUUUUCAAAUGCGCAGUCUCCAUUGCUCCCAUCACCAGCUGGAUUUAUUACAGUUCGACAUACACUGAACGAUAUAUGGGCACCCCACAGCCCCAGGACAAUUAUAAAGGAUACGAGAGAGCCAGUCUCAUCAGAAAAGCUCAUAAAUUCAAAGGGAAGAAGCUGCUCCUGAUUCACGGCACAGCGGACGCUUCUGUACACAUACAGCACUCAACCAUGUUCAUGAAAGCUUUAACAGAGGAAGGUGUAUUGUUCCAAACACAGAUUUAUACAGAUGAAAAUCACUUUUUGAAGAACGUGUACCGCCACAUGUACAGGACAAUGGAAGAUUUCUUCACAAAAUGCUUCACGAAUCAGAAAGACGAGUAUGAUGGGACGUGAGGUGCGAUGACGGUCUUUUCGAUGAAAACAUGAAAGUCAUCAUGUACAUAACAUUCGAAGAAGAGAGUUUGAAGGAAAAGAAAAUAUUUGUUCUGUGCCAAGUAAAUUGUAAGGCUUUGAUCUGCAGCGGCAGAUCCUCGUGUACAGGUAUCCUGUGAACAUAAAAAAAAAUGUGAUGACGUAUUUACAAAUAUAUCUAUUUUUCCCUGAAAUAUAUGUCAUAAGAUGUGUACGCAAACCUGUGGUUUUUAAACAAGUGAGCUCAAUGUGUUAUAAUUUUUUUAGAGAAGCGUUGAAUGCGAUGCUUUGAGUAAAGAAUCAUGAUCGAACAAGAGUGAGGAUUACAGACAAGUAUUGAAAAUAUCCCCACUUCUUGUUUCGUAAAAAGGAUGAGGUAUUUUUGCUUGAACCUGCUAUGUGUUUCCAUUGUUGUUAUAUAUAUGUGUGUUGAUAAGCGGAGGAAUUCUUUGUAUCUUGAUAUUCCAUAACUGUUGAGGAGCUACUUCAGCUUGUUUGAUUUCCUUUAUGAUAUGUAAUUUUCGCUUAAAGCAGCAUGCCCUUAAUGUCAUUCCAAUAUCUGUUGAACAGCGGUGUUUUUAUAAAAUAUAUAUAUAUACAUUAAUUUUACAAUAAUUUUGUUUUUCAAAGCAUGGGAGUGCUUAACAUUUUGCUACCGUAAUCGAGUCCAGAUAAUCUGUUUCACACGUUUCCUCUUUCACUUUGACAAAUAAUGAUUUCUGUUUUAUAAUAGUGGUAACGCGGAUAUUUCUUUUUAUGAUGGUUAACAUAAAUAUUUUUUUUAUUGCAAUGAAUGAGAAAGUUUAUAAAUCAAUUUAUUUAUUAUAAAACAUCCGAAAUUUAUUUUUUCUGUAUAACAUAAAAAUCAAAACAUUUUUUUUCUUCAUUACUAUUAUUUUUAUAUGCAAUCAAAGGAUUUUAUUGUUCCAAAUACUAUUGAGAUCGCAUACCAGGCGAUUUAAUUAUUGUUGCCCUUUUGUAGUUUAUAGCCAGAUGAAAUAUAGAGGAACAAUUAUUUUAAGUUGUUUUUAUCACAUUUAUAUUAACAAAAAAAAUUGGAGCUUCAUUAAUCGAAAAAAGAGAAUUAAAAUAAUGAAUGGAUGGAUUUAAAAAAAGUUUAGACAUUUAUUCUAAUUUAUUUCUAUAAAUAUUGAUAUGAAAAUUUAAUAUGAAAAUUAAGG